AUGUCGCAAACAACGUGGAAGAGGUCAGGAAUCGACGGUACUAUGACCCACCAGGUAAAAAAAAAUCAUAAAGUUCAGUGUUUCAGAGAGAUUAAUAAUUGUGAAGUAAAUAAAUAAGUGUCACAUGUUAGACUCACAUGCUUUUGUGAUCUAUAGAACUCAAUAUCUGCUUGUGUUUUACUUUCCUUUUCGUGGUGAUAUGUUUGAACUGGAUGGGGGUUUUUAACUUUAAAAAAUGUUGUUCAACAGGCAAUAAAGAAAUCUUGUCACGUAUCACUCCUUGUAGCAUUUGACUGACUUCAAGUUGGUUUGAGUCCUUAUUAUUUUUAUUUUUUGCGGCGUGAAUUUUAUUCAGACUUUCUUCUCUUACAUAUUUGCAAUAAUCUAUCUUGGGUUAAAUGUGUAUUUUGCCACAUUUUUCUCAAGGAAAACAAUAAUUGCUCUCGAUCCCAACUCGUUAAAAUUCUUUCACCUAACUACCUGAGGGCUGUCCUUAUCUGAGAAAACUAGAAAGUCAAAUCGUUUGCAGAUGUCUUUACAAAGGCAGCACUUUCUACUCAGUUAUUUAAAGACCCUAAUAGAGUGUUGGUCCGGCCUGCGGUGUGUUGAACCAGCGGCCUCCCGCUCAGCAGACAGGCGUUUAUCCAACUGAGCUAACCGGACGGCAAAAAAUGACCAUUCAUGAAUCUUAAGAAACAUAGGGCCAGUUAUUUAAACGUAGUUUAGCCAGUUUUUAUCAAAACCUCGUUCAGAGCCAUUUUUCAAUUUGCCCAACGGUUUUAUCUAAACACUGUUUAUUGUGAAGUGUUUUAUGAAAGCAUAUAGAAAAGACUAGAAAAGCAUUUAUCUUCUUAAAAUAACGCAUUAAGGAAGAGAUCUGGAGGUCCGAAGAUUCGUUAAACCCCGGCUUAAAUUCAACUUCUUUUAGAUAACCGAACCAUAAUGUUUUUUAACCAGGUUUGGAUGCUCCACCCAGCAGCUGGGUCAUUAUGCCGCAUGACAGAGGUUCAUCGUUGCUAUUGGCAAUUGAUAAUCUGUUAUACCUUACAGAAAAGGGACAGUGUAAUAGAUAGCCUGCGUAGCUGGCGGUAUUGUGUGGGUGCGAGAUUAAAGUUUUCUCACUCGAAUAUAUUACCAACGGCUCCGCCGCCAAAUCUCACUCGACUACUACACAAUACCGCCAGCUACGCAGGCUAUGUAAUAGACUGGUAAGCUGUAGUAUACAGUAGAACUGUUAUCGUGACACAACCAAUUAUAAUCCAGUCCUUUCAACAUGUCUCCAAGCUUGAGACAUGCUGUUUUGUAAAGUUCCGAUCUUUAAAACGUCUGCCUUUUCGUCGGCAGUUUUAGGAUUUGAAGAAACGUGUAUCCAGCAGAUAUUCGCACACCGACUGCAACUCAGCAACGGUGGCGAAAACGUCUCUUAAAAAGAGAAUUCGCGUUGUUUGAAAGUUCAUGGCGAUGAAUCCAACUCGCAUAAUUUGUCAAAUGCAGGCGAGUCCUGGACUUGUCGAGGAGUUGAAUUCUUAGGGACUGUUUACAUGGAGAUGGGGGACCCAAGAUAGGUGAGGUAACAUGCGGUAGGUCAUCCCACCUAUCAUGUAAACGUGAUCAAAUUGAAGUGAGAGAUUACAGUCAUGGACAGGCAGGUUACCCCACCUAAGCGGAAAAGAAAAAAUUGAUAAUCGUGUUCACGUUUUCCAUAAAACGUGAAAUUAUUUCGCUGUUCACAUGGAACUUUGAACGGCUAUGCGUCUGAAUUUUCUUACGGUUAAGGUGAUGUUAUACGAGACGAUACGCCGCAACACAGCGUUGCAAUGUUGGAACAAUGUUGCAACCAUUCGAAACAAUAUCGCAACAAUGUUGCAACGCCGUGUUACAGCUGGCGCUAAAAAUCUUUGUUGCAAAUCGUCUCGUGUAACAUCACAUUUAAGGCUGUUUCGAGUGAACGUUUGAAUUUUCAGCCGGUCGAAAAUUCGCCCGGUUGCCUUUUUGACUUUCUCUUUGCUGUCGCUGUCUCGACAUCAUAAAUUUCCUCUUGAUUGCCAAGUGCAAGACAGUUUGCUACUUUUUACCAAUCCUGAAUCAGCCACAGGGCGUAGCAAAGCAGUGGGUGCGGGGAGAAGGAAGGAACGGAGGGGAGAAAAUAGAGAAGUGUGUAGAGAUGUCGCAAUGAGAAUAUUGUACAUCUCUGGCUUUAUCAGUGUCACAACUUGAAAUAUGAAAUAGGGAAGUCUCGAUCGUUUAUAAUGUUGACAAAUUCUUCCCCGAACUCACAUAAGUGAGUAUGCUCGCCGGCUACUGUUGUUGUUGAAUAGUUUUGAUAUUAUUCAAUUUUUAGACUGUUUCAUUCAGCGCUGGGGUCCCGGUCACUUCCAUCAUAGAAAUGGCCAUAUCUUACAAUUAUGAAUACCUAGCAAUGUUUACAGACACUGGUUUGUUAUGGAUAGGAUCAGCAGAUUUACAGGUGGGUAUAACACUGUCACACUGUUCAGCCCGCAAAUUCAGCUAUCAGAGGACGAGUUCAAGCAGUUAGCGCCGAGUUGACUCGGAUUCUUAGAAAAUGAGAACGAGUGGCGGUCUAAUUCAACUGGUAGUACUAGCUUUGAUUCUAUAUCAAGGUUUGAAGAAAGCAUGUAAAAAGGAUUUGUUUAUACUACUUGAAUUUGAGGUAUCUUUUCUUGUGACAAAUGAAGACCCGUAAAAUUAAAAUUUUUCUAUCCGCCUUAUUUCUUGCAUGGUGGGAUAUCAUCAUUAAUUUAGUUUCGCCACUUCUUCCUCGGAAACCUUGCAAAAAAAAUUUCAUGUCAUCGCAAAGUUGCUUUUUAUCGCGUUCACUUAAUUUACCGACAUCUCCGCAAAGCGAGGAAGCUUACUUAGCAACCAGGGCCGCUAGGCCAGGCCCUGAAGAGCUCAACUUACGUACGCCUGUAUUUCGCAGUUCUUUGAAUUUUGCAGUUAUUGUUGUAUUUCUGUCUUCUUUAGAAAAUCUACUGUGAGUUCAACACUUCUUGUCCAUCAAGACCCAAGCAACUAACCUGGUAAGGAGGGAGCAAUUGUUCUUUCUAGAAUGAAGGCUCUCGUCUUUUAUGGCGAAUUCUCGCGCGGUUGGCCGGGCCAUUCUUUUGAAUUCAAACUGAGAGCCAUCGGUGUUUUUCUUUCUUCCGCCACCCAUCAAGCGAUGUGUCGCCGACACGUGUUGCUGCAACUAAUCUCCUGACCUGUACACAGGGAGUAAUCUGUCGCCGCAACGUGUUGCUGCAACUUGUCUCCUUGUGUGUUCCGAUCUUUACUUAUUUCAACAUACCUUACAGGUGUGCAAUGGGCGCUGUCAUAUGUUACUGGGACGAUUUUUGGAUGUUGUUGGACCGACAAUGGACACUAUUAGAUAUCCUUUGAUCAACAAGAUCAUUCUUUAUCAUGAUCCGACUAGCUUUCCAACUAUUUGCAGGGCAAGCUAUCUAACUGCUAGAGCAUGCUAGAAUUAAAUAUUCUUCUUCUUGUUUUUGUAAGUGUUGGCUUGGCCAAGUUGGUAAUUGUGCUGUCAUGCUGCAAUUAUAUAUUGAUCGUGUUACUAAAAACACCCUUGAUUUGAACUGACAAUUGUUACUAGUGUAGAUACGAGUAGUUUUUUUUAUUGAGCACGCUAUUGACAUAUAUUUAACAAUUAUUGCACGAGUGCGCGUUAGAUAUGAGUGGAAUAAUUAGUUAUUAAAAACGCCCACAAAAUAUCGAGAAUUCUUCCCGUUUUUAUUUGUAAGAACAACCGAUUUUCAAAUUUUGGUAUGUGGCUCAUAUUCCAUGAUGGCUAAGCCAAUCAGAGCUCUUUAAUUGCAUUAUCCCAUGAUUCAGUUUUUAAUCAAUAUGCAUAUGCUACCGAUAGCGCCUGACUUCUUAACAUAUUUCACAUAUCAGAUGGACAGUGCUGUUCAUUUAGUUCAAGAGUUAGAUGGCGUAAGAAUCAUUGGUAACGAGACUCAUGAACUGCUUCAGCGAGUUCCAGGUUGGUAAAUAUGAUUACGUUGAUUGCGGGCGGUUUCUCCUCCUAGCAAAACCUCCCUAGCAACGAGGAGCAAGGUGAAACGGCUGUAUUAACAGACUACAAGUGAGAGGUUUCAAAAUGCUCGCAGAUAUUCUGUCUUGUUCUCGAUUCAUAAAUCUAUCGAAAUAUAGCCAAAAAUAACAAUCCCUGUUGGUGACCGGGAUGUCCUUGAGAUUUAUUUCUUCUCUACAGACAUUUGAUGCUUUUCCAAAUUACCUUCAUUACCUGUAGGUGCUUAAACCGAAAUAAACUUUCGAGACUGUUGACUUAACCUUGAGCUCAGUGUGGUCUUGCUGUGGCUCAUGUAUGAUUUUUCAACUUACUCCCCGGAAGCAGAUGGGACUGAUUCUACAUUCAGUAUCCCCCACUCCAAAGAAAAUGGGUACCCUGUUGUCAGGAAUAAGCAGAAAGCCCCUAAACUUUAUUCAAGUGACUUGUUCAAUCGGUUCACGGUCAAGUCGCCCGAAAUCAGGGUCAUGUCGCCCGAUAUCUUGAGUCAUGUCGCUCGAAGUAAACAGCGAUAUUUGCGUCUUUGUUUAACUUCACAUUGGCAUAGGUUACCGGACACAGUUGAGUCUACAUUGUCGAACAUUGUUGAACUAAAUUCCUUAGGAUAUCCUUCAGAUGUUACUUUUCUUCAAGUCUAUACACUCGAUAAAAUUUUGGGCGACAUGACUUAGGAUUUCGGGUGACAUGACUCUGGUUUCGGGCGAUAUGACUUUUGGGCGACUUGACCGGUUACCGUUCAACCAGAACCACUUCUUAUCACGAAUGUGAAUAAUUAUGUCCGAUACUAGAGCAACUAUUUCGAUUCAUCUUUCAGCUGCUGUGGAACAAGUGUUUAAAAUCGGUUCAAUGGAACCAGGUGCGAUGCUGUUUGAUGCAUCAAAGGAAUUUGAGGUAAGCAAUGCUUCACUCUCUCUGGGAAAAAGUUGUCCCGGGUAAAAGGCUCAGCCGCCUACCCAAGCCAGUGGCGGAUCUAGGGGAGGGGUCAGGAUCCUGGGGUGGGACCGCACCCCCUAAUCUCAGGGGUCUGGAUGACCGGGCUCCCCCUUAUCUGAAGGUCUGGACCCUCCACUGCGAGCCACCCUGGGCAGCCUGUUGUUGGGUGACCUGUUGUCCUUGGUAAGGUCACCAUCCUAGCUGAGCCAACUUUUCUCCAUAUAAUAAAAAAUAAUCAACUUUAUUUAUAUAGCACUAUUUCAGUCCAAAAGCUCAAUAGGGCUUUACAGAAUUCAUAAGAAAGAACAAUAAUGAAUGAAGAAAACCAUAGCAUGAUAAUAAAAAGAAUACCUGACGAACAACCUUAAAGUUUCAACUUAAAGAUUCUAAACUGCACCAAAAACUAAAUCCCUAAAAAUUAAACUGUCGUUAUGAUUCUUUCAUGUAUAUUCCUGUAAACAGAAAAAGAGCGCCCGAGCAGAGGAGUACAUUCGGAUGAUCAAAGAACGUCUUCCUGAGGCUGUCCAGCAAUGUAUCCACGCCGCUGCCGGGGAACAUGAGCCUGCAAUACAAAGAGGACUGCUGAGGGUGAGUAUAGUUUCGGAGGUAGUCAUGGUAACCACAUGAUCCUUAUGUUCAGUUGCUAUGUUUCGAUUCUCACAGCAACCCACCCCCAAGGGGUGGGGGAGUUGUUGACAAGUUUAAGGUUUCUUACACAGUGAUUGGUGAUUCACUUGGGCAUAAAUCGUUGAACGUUAUGCCGUGAAAAGAAAAUCUGUACUCAGUAUAUCUGGGUAAUUUGAAUUGGAAGCGAAAGAGCGCAAAUAGUUCGUCCAUUAUGUUUCAAUUUGAGGAGUGUAGUAAGAGACAUGGGGGACUUCAUCAAUGCUUUCGACGAACGCGUCAUUCAGUGAUUUUUCAGUUAUACAGGAUGAAUUGAAAGUAUAGCAAAUCUCAGCGAGUGGUCAACAUUCGCCAAUAACACUGCUCUGUUACCAUCUACCAAGCGAAGUUUGCAACGUCGCUUGGUCAGAGAUUUUAGGCGGAAAUAGUUCUCGUGUAACAUGUCAUGUGUCCUCGUAGUAACCAAUAAGAGCGCUCCGGCGGUCGAUUUUGGGGAAAAUUCCACCUAUAGUACAACCUUUUUUUUUUAAGAUCUCCGCUGUAAUCUUAUCUUCUCUUUGCUAGGCUGCUUCCUUUGGUAAGAGUUUUCUAACUGAUAUGUCGCCACACGCGUUUGUUUCGAUGUGCCGGAAUCUUAGAGUGUUAAACGCCGUGCGGGACUACAUAGUUGGAAUUCCACUUACAUAUGGACAGUAUCCUGUAUCUUAAUUAAAGAGUGAACCAAAUUUUCAGUUGUUGCAGAAGCGUCGUCUCACAGGUUACAUUUUGCCCAAUUGCAGCGUUUGUUGCAGCAAGUCUACACUAUGCUAGCCUCCGUAGCAACACGAAAAAAAUGUUUAUUUUUCGGGUUAAUUUGCAAUUGCUUAAAUUGCAAUUUCCGCUGCGACGAUAAUAUCUUCAUUUAAACUUGCAUUUCCGCAGUUCACAUCAUCUUCAACUAAGUUAUCAUUGCUCUGAUCCCAACUUUUUCGACGAACUUGCGCGGAAACCUUUUCUACGCAGGCUAACACUAUGCCGGAUAGCUCUUACGUCGGCACGGAAACCAUACCGAAGAGUGUUUCUGUCCACACCAGAGAACGGUGAUUUCGGUGCGAUUUAUGUGACGGAGCAGUGCUGCGGGUUUUAAAUUACAUUUUUUACAGGGAACGAACGAGAUAUGUUCCUUUUUCUCUUUUUUGAAACGGAUAUGUUAAAAGUAUUCUAACACAGUUUUCAAUUUUGUGGCUCUUAUCAAGUUCUUAAAGUGGGCUCCAUUUUGCUUUUUUGUCCUCUGAGAGUACUCUUUGAUUGUUUUUCAAAAAUUAUCCAAUUUUGAUGCCUUGACGAUCGUCUUAGACUGGAAAAACUUACAAUGAAAACCCUUAUCGACAGGUGAGUUUUGUUUUUGUCACCCUGCUGUUUGUUGUCUUUUUAAAGAAGGUAAAACGUGCAAUGCUUAUGCAUUUUUUUGAGGGGGAGGGGGAAGGGUGGCGGUGUGAUUUAAGCAAUCUGAUUGGUUCGCUAUCUCGGACUAUUUAACAAUAUUCAUCUCCUAGCGAGUGGAUAAUGUGUGAGCUCGUUGUUUUUCCCAUUCUCUUAGAGAAAGAUCUUUUAAAAGUCGACAAAAUCCUAGGAUUGACUUUUAAGACUUCGAAGGAUUCAAAACGGCGUUUUUCCAUUUACUGUUGUUGAGUUUUGUGGUCGAUGGAUUGUUUACAACUCCCGUUUAUUCGCCUAGAAGAGGCUGUUUUCUGAACUCAGCGUUUCCUAACAAGAAGAAUUUGGCCCAACAACGAAUUUUAUUUAUGAAAAACAAAUUUGAAAACAAAUGGUUGCAGAAAUUCUACGUUUCAAGUAAACACGAGAAAGAAUGCUACAUGAAAAGUGAAUAGUGGCUUUAGGAAUAUUUACCGAGCCACGAAUAUUUUGCCACUAUUCACCUCGAUUUCAAAGAAUAAUUGUUAAUUGCUACGUAGCUGGAAUUUUUUUCAUAACAGUGCGCUCUCUCAUUGGUUUCUUCGAGGUCACAUGACAUCUCACAAUGAAACUGUUUCCCGCCAAAAUCUGUGAGCGGACAUUGCAAAAUCUAUGACGUCAUAAGGGAACAGUGCAUUGUUACCCCACGAAUGUUGACCGAAGACUACUGUCACAGCGUGGUUUAAUGAAUUUUCCAGUUAUAUAGCCUCGGGAAACAUUGAGAUUCUCGGAAAACAAAUUUAACUGUUUCCCUCGAGACCAGUCAUUAAGUGUUUAAGUGUUUAUUGUAAUGUGAAACGUUCAAUAAGUUCCGAGCUUCAGGUGAGAAUCAAACUUACGACCUUCCGAGUUCAAGAUCGGACGUUCUACCCACUAAGCUGCUGGGGGUCUAAAGUGAGCAGGGUCGAAAUUUUUAUUGAUUAUACACCAGACCUGCUAUAGUACAUAGUACGAAAUAGUACUUUUAAGAAAAAAAUAACAAAAUGAAUAUGAUGUAUGUCCGAUAAUCUUUGUCUUUUGCCCCACUAAAAUGGUGACGUGGUUGGACAUAAAUCAUUUCUAAAUAUCAAAAUCAUUUGCGUUCCUACUGAAUAUAAAACAAUCUGAAGCAAAGUUGUUGUUUUUUUACUUGCUUACUUUUCGUGUCUAAAUAUAGAUUUAGUCAGAUCCGCCGUCAGAUCUGGAGAGAGAAUUCUUUGCCUUAAGUUUAUUUUAUUACCGUUUAUUUUCUGCUCCUGUAGGCUUGUUUUGAGGCGUCACUACUGUCUGGCCAUAAGAAUCUGUGAUUACUGGAAGAUUCCUAAGGGGGAGGGUGCCAGUCGCAUCCUUGGACACUGGGCUUGUUAUAAAGUGAGUGUAACCAGCGGAUACCGGUUGGCUGUUACCUAUAUGUAAGCAGGGGUCUUCCCGUAAUCAGCUUAUGGCUGGUAAUUUGAUAAUUUGGUAAUGGUAAAUUAUAGUUGUGGCAGUAGACGUGACUGGAGUUGGGUGUCCGGUGGUUGUUUCAUGUGCUGAAUUUGGCUCAUUUCUCUUCGUGUUUGUGUAUUUAUCAAAGAUCACAAAAUCAACCUAUGAAAAGAUCUAGAUCAAUUAGACUGGAUUGUACGCGGUGAAGACGGCGUGGCCAGGCGCCCAUCAAGUUCAGAUACCCGGUCAUGCUUGUAAAUAGCUAACUGGUUGCCUCCUGCCAGCUGGGGUUUUUAAUCCUGUUGUGUUCUAUUUCCUCAAUAAAUAAACAGUUGGACUUUCACAUGGCCGGGAUGAUCACAUUGAAAUUAACUUCUCCGCCCUAGUAGAAUACAAUAGUGUCCGUAAAUAGUUUUUCUUGUGUUGAAUAUCUUGACAUCUCUUUCGAUCCUACACCUCUUCAAAACUUGCUUUUCUUGUUUAAACAGGUUCAGCAAGCCAAUGUUGAUGACGAAGAGAUUGCUCGUGCCAUCAACUCCAAGCUCGGAGAGACUCCUGGGAUAUCGUACUCAGAAAUAGCUUCAAAGGCAGUGGACUGUGGACGAACUCACCUGGCCAUCAAGGUUAGUUGAGAACAUUCACAUGAACAGUAUAAUUAUAGACUAUACGUUCCCAGUUCAAUUUGGGACAUAAACUGGUGUCUUCCGUUAGUAUUUCCUUGCUAAAUGCACGAGGUUCAAAAUAACGUGGGUUAGUAUAGAAUGGGUUUUUUACCUGCAGGAUUGCGUUUACUGUGGGUAAUCAAGAAUUUUUUUCCGUACCUGGAGUAUUAAGACCUCGCUUGCUUUCAGCGCUCCACUUUAUCAGCCAGCUUAAGCAAAGACGACGACAACGGCAGUGAAAACGUCACUAAGAAAAUGAACUUCCGUCCUUUCAAUCUUUAUCGCGUCUAUUUGGAACCGCUUAAUUCGUUAAAUGUAGGCGACUUUUCCUGGAGUUAAAUUCCUAUUGUCUUUAUCCAUGUUCAAAUAGAGAACGGAAAAUUUGUUUUCGUAUGUCCACGUCCUCCAUAAAACGUCGCAUUGGGAGGUUUCACGUCGUAGUCGUGCAGUGGACGUCAAAGAAAUGUACCAAAAAGCGGGAUUCACGUGCAGAGCAGUCGUUUUGCUCAUAAAACCAAUUGUUGUUUGACGUUGUUGUUGUUGUUGCAAAACAACGGGCGCUUUCCAUUCAACCAAAACGUUCGAAAAUUGGAAACAGCGGCAAAUGGUACAGAAAUGUCCAGGAAAAGUUUCCAGAAAUUCCGAAAGAUGUUGAAUUUCCGAAAUGUGAACCAUGCAUUCAAUCGAAAAUUCUAGAAAUUCCCGGAAGCAAAGUUCAAUGCAAAAAAAAAUUUCUGAAAAUUUUUUUUUAAAAUUUGGGCACCCGUCGAGAAACAAAACUUACGGCUGCAAAGAAGAGCAAUGGGGGAAAGAAACAUCGGGGGUUUUAACAACUGACGUUUUUAAUUCAAUAUAAAAAAACAUGUUGAAGUUUUAUGCUCUAGCCCUUCGUCAGACUGACCGAAGGGUUAGCACUCGAAAUGUCCCUACUAUGCCAAAUUUCCUAUGUCAACUUAAUUGAUUAAUAUAAAUUCUUAGCUUUCACCGUGGUUCGCUCGAGGGGUUACCAACAUGCUCGUUUCAUGUGACGUCAACAACACCUGGAACAGACCGGAUCAGAUCAACCCCUGUAACUGACUGAAUAACGAAAGGUAAGGGAUAGUGCCUCUGAGAAUGAUCUGAUCCGGUUCUGCGGUCCAGGUUUUGCCUACGGCCUUUCUCGUGGCUUCGCCGCCUGUGCCUCCACGAGGAGACCUGCUUACAGCCUGGCUUAAAGCCAGCCUUGACCUCUAGCUGGAGUAAUCUCACCAUAAGUAAGUUCGUCGUUUGAGAAUCUGUAAACGAGCCUAUCAUAGCCAAUUCAUGAUUCAUAAUGUAUCUUUCAAGAUGCUCACAUCUUCUUGUUUUUUUGUUUUUUUUUUUACCUGUAGCUUUUGGACUAUGAGGCGGAAGCCGCUGACCAAGUUCCACUGCUCAUGCGGAUGAAUAAAGAUGACCUAGCGCUCGAGAAGGCCAUUAUGAGUGGAGACACGGAUCUGGGUGAGUUGUGAGUGGGUACCACUGCGGUUAGUUACAGCAGUUUGGUGAUCUUUUUAGUCCGUUUUGUUUCGUCGUUGUCGCUCAAAAGCCGACUUAUAGGAAGGUCUAUCGUAAUGUUGAAAUUGUACCAAAGGUUCAAAAAAAUUAGAAUCAACUUUUUCUCAGCCUAAAAGUUGGCGUUACACUAGCGGUAUUACAAGCACGGGCAGAGUUGCAAACCGUAAAACAUUUUUGAACUUGUUUUGUAGCUUAUUAUUCUGAUCUUUUCUUGCCGUUGACACAAUUUCAAGUAUAUCUCAACCAUCUUGAUCCUUAGAUGCUCUCCUCCAAUGGUAACAGCUUUCUCUGGUCAGGUGAUCAAAAUUGAUGGAUCCGAACCGCCGUCAUCCAAAACCCGCCUACUUGAUUUUCCCCUGUAUCUAGAUGACAUUUCAUUUGUGUUGUCUUUUUUUCUCUUUCUAGUGUAUAUGGUUGUUAUACAUUUGAAGGAUAAUCUAAUUCCUGGCGAGUUCUUGAUGGCCAUACGUUACCGUCCUGUGGCACUCAGCCUCCACAUCAAGGUGAGUCUAUGAGAAAAGAGUUGUGUAAAUGAGUGUGUAUUUGUUCAAGGCUCCAACCAAGAGAAAACUUGCCGUAAGGUCCUUCAACGUAACGCUAAUAUUGUAUUUGCUAGGAAACGUUUUUCCUUUUAUGCGUUCACUCUUUAAGAUCACAAAAAUGACGUCAAAAUGUUGGAGGAGUGAGUGGUUUUACGGUAUCGUUUGUACCAUCUAAUGUCAAUUCUUUGAAAUGUCGGAGCCUCGGCAGUGACAAAUGGCUACUUGUCUAGUUAUUUGUUGUUGUUUUUCUACAAUGUCUUGGAGAAUCGCGCUCAACAGACAGAGACGAGAAGGAUCUUUCGUUUCUAUUCUCUGUACUGUCAUGAGCAAAACCUGUCGACCAAUCGGGGCGCAGAAAACACUCGGUUAUUGUAAAUCAUUAAACUGUGUGGCAGGCGUCUUAAGAGGUAUUGAAAAAAGUGAAAGUGGGAAAGGGAAGCCUGCUCUAGGACCACCUUUUUCAUUUCUACUACCUUUUCCCUUCACUCUCUUUUUCUCUCCCUCCCCCUUCCCUUGUUUUGUACCUGCCACGCAGGCUAUUGUGAAACCUAUAUAUUUACUUUGGCAUGACUGUGAUUUGUCUGCAGUACUGUAAGGAUCAGGAUCGCAGUACACUUGUGGACCUGUUCUACCAAGAUGACCAGUUUAUGAACAGUGGUAAUGCCUUUGUGCAGGACAGCUAUAGCGAGAAGGUAUCAUAUAAAGUAGCUUGAAAUGCUAUCAUGCUUAGGAGGGGAUCUGGUCGCAAGUUGUUUUAUUAUUUUAUUUCUUUAUUGGCUUAAUAUGUAAUUUCAAUUCUGAGCAAAGGUGCGCACGCUUCACUCCGUUUCUUCAUGGCGUCAUAGAAUAUUUUUGUUGUGACUUUAUCAGACUACCAAGUUCCGCUUUUACCUCAUUUCCGCAUGGCGUUUUCCGGUUAGAAAAUGGGAUAAACUUACUCCUCUUAAGGUCAGCAGCACUCUUGUUUAUUUUGAACGUCAUUGAGAGCCGAGAAUACGUGUAGCAACUCUUAUUUUCAAUUUAACUCGUUUAUCUCUUGUGCUUAAACUGGAAACCUUUACCAAAAUUCGUUUUAAUCAUAACCAGUGAUAUCUACUACACGUGCGCUUAUUGUUGCCAGCCCUCAAUUCGGCGACCACGUGACCAGAGAAACGACAAGAAUAGGAGUCGACUUAAGUCAACAAGGUAUCUGAUAUUUUCACAGAGCGAACAAAGCGCGCACGCCUGAAAAUCGCAACUUGCAAGGAAGACCGUCACACAAAGGGUGAGUUGCGUGACGCCUUCAGGUCUCUCUUGCAAUCUGGUCCUCAGAGCUUUUCUUAGCCUUGUCUGGCAGAACAGUCACUUUUAGUGCUAAACCAGCAGGAUCAAAGCCUUGGGAAGGUCAUGUUGCAGCUGCUCAGAAGAAAAGUCACCAGUGGUGCCUAACCCUGACCCCAAACAAUACUGAAACAAUUGAAAGAAUGACAUGUCAUUGUUUUCUGCGGCCAAUCAGGAGAGACCUUCCAAGCAGCUCCUACACAACUACCUUGGGAAGGAUAUUGGCGCUGAUGCUUUUAUUCCUUGAGAAAUGAGAGACAAUUCGUUAUCACCCGUCAUAGAAUAGAAUCAUCGUUUUCGUAUCACUUGUCAUUACAUUUGACAUAAAACCUGAUUUCUCAUGAUUUUCUUCUAUUUUUAUUGUUUAGGCAAUAAAAUCCAAGAUAAUAACAUUGUCUAAAGCACAGAUGUCUUACCAGCAAGGAGGAUUUCAGUUCUACUCAAAGAUGUGUGCUCUUGACUUUGUUUCUUUGAUUUAAAAUACUCCAAACUCCACCAACGCUAGGGUCACCCAUUUCUUACUACAGUUAAACCUCUAUUAAGCGGACCCCCAAUUACGCGGACACCCUUUAUUAAGCGGACUAUAAGCCGGGUCCCGAAAUUAACGUCUUAUAUUAGCCUUUAUGACGAAUCCCAAUUCAGCGGACACCUCUAUUAAGCGGACGAGGACACUAAAAUAAAUUGUAUUUGGCUAAUUUCUAUUGUUAAAAACCUCUAUUAAACGGACACAAAUGAAACUCAUGGUAUAAUAUCAAGUCAAACUAGAAGAGAAGUACAGAAGGACAUUUAUGGACCUGUCUUUCACUGAUACUAUCUACCAGGUGUGAUAAAGACACUAAACUGUCUUAGCCUUUACCGUGGAUUUUCAAACGUUCCCGAUCUGAGCUUAUUUUUAAGGUGUAAUGAUCAGUACAGUUGGGCAGCUGCAUCAAUUGAGCUUUCUAGGUAACUGACCACUCCCCCCUCCCUCCCCCGUUAAGUCAACAGUAACACUUUUUCCUUACUUAGGGCAAAAUUGUAACUUAGCUCUGAAAAGUAGCUCUUAUUUGAAUGAUCAAAAUUAAUAUGUCAUCAAUGUAGUCAAAUGUUAAUACUACCUUUAACAGCUUAAUAAACAGUGCUGCUGGAAAUCUUUGUCAAGUACAAGCUUUCAUUCGAAUGGCCAUACUAAAAGAUGGUCAAAUGUUAGAAGUUGAAAUCAACAGUAUACGCUGGAAUCUCUCAGAUCUCUGAUCAGCAGCUUUUGUUGGGAUUGUUAUUGUUAAACUAUUAUCUUAACUUAGUCGUUAAAACCAAAGCAAAGUAAACCGCUGUGGAAAAUACUAUUAAAAGUAGUUUUAGCGUUAGUUUCUUCAUUGUCACAGAUUUAAUUGCCAUACAAUGGGGUGUGGGCUCCUGGUUUCUAAGGAUUACUUUGCACUUUUCGGUGCAUACUUCAAGGAGACCUGAAAGCCGCUGAGCAACUGAAAAAGGAGUUCAAGAUUCCGGAUAAAAGGUUUGUAACAUUUUUUUAUCAGAGACUGUAAACAACGAGACCUUUCUCAUCUGAGGGCCCUUUUUUGAAACAACCUUUAGCUACACCACGUUGAACAAAGGCUUACUUGUUCACACCACUGAUUUGUAGCCUGUGUAGAAUACAUUUGAAUGGGAAGGGAAAUGUGGGAAUUAGGACGCGCUAGGGAGGGGGAAAUUUAAACGCAGUCGUUUAGGAAAACAUUGGACUUCCAGAUCCUUUUCUUAGACUUAAGGGGUUAAUUGAAGAAAAUAAUUGCCUUUCCAGUCUACACUAUAUACUUUCUUGAGAUUUUUCACGAAAAAUGGUGUUUAGAUAAAAACGUUUAGCAAACUGAAAAUGGCCAAGAACGCGGUUUUGUUAAACACGGGUUAAACUCCGUUUAAACAACUGGCCCAAAUGGUCUCUCUACUUUCAUCCUCGUGCGCCCAUCGCGUUCUCGUUCUCACACGGGCUGUUUUCAAAAUAGCCUGUACUAUGUAGAGCUAAGGCUUGUUUGGUCACACCCUGAUUUGUAGUCUAUGUGGCAAGCAUUGGAAGUCGAGUGAUAGAGGGGCAGGGGGUAAGGGCGCGCGAGGAGGGAGAAAAGAAAGGGUUUCCGUCCUUUCCUCCUCGCGCAUUCAUCGCGUUCUCGUUUUCACACGGCCCGUUUUCGAAAUAGCGUGUAGUUGCACCACGUACAGCUUAUGUUUGCUAGUUAAAACCCCUGAUUUGUAGCCUGUGUGGCAGGCAUUUGAAGGAGUAGUGAAAGGAGGGGAGGGAAUCCGAACGCGCGAGGAAAAAUAGCAGGCAGGAAUUCCUUCCCUUCCUCCUCGCGCGGACAUCGCGUUCACGCGCACCUCAGUUAUUCCUCCUUUUCCUACCCCUUCAAACUCCUUCCUCAUAGUUUAGCUCAUUUGCCGCAUUGUCUUGUCUUUAGGCUUUACUGGCUGAAAGUCACAACUGGCUGGAACUCGACAAGUUUUCCAAGGCUCGUAAAUCUCUAAUUGGAUACGAGGUAAGUUUAUUGACAAUGUUUUCCAAAAUAAUUAAGCAAUGUGCUCAACUAGGGACAGAUACGGGCAAAGCUAAUCCUUUAAACCCUAAAAUCCGGACUCACUUACGCAGGUAAUUUGGGACCUUACAAAACUACCAUGGCGACGGGAAUGGAAACGCCUAAAACGCAAUAGGUUAAUGAAGGAGCGGAACAACAGCUUUACACGUCCAUCAAUCUUUUUUGUAAAUUUUUUUGCCUUUCCAACACAUCUACGAUAGGACAUGACUAAAUUUGAGAAAUUUGAGAAUGGGACUCUCCCUACCUUCAGCUCCAACCUAAUUUCCCUUCUUUUAAGUAACUAGACGAAUUGAAAUGAUGCGAAGUCAAUUUUUCAUCGACCUUUUCCAUUGGCGUCGCCGUUAUCAGAUCGUAAGUACAGGUGGUUAGGGUCUACGCCUUGUUACGGCGGUGGUCAAAACAAGGACAAGUUUGUGAAGAGAAAAAAGGAACCGGAAACGGGUUUUUAACAGAGUCGAACGUUUCUACAACGGCUCCCUUGAGAGCAAAGUGCCUUUUCUAGAGGAGUUGCCUUUGUGGGGAAUAAGGGGGCAUCUCGGAACACUCCGCAAUAUCCCCUGGAACAUCCCCCGGAAUCUGGGAGUAAGUAAAAUGAAAAACACAAAAAGAAACCCUAACCCCACUGUGUAAGAUAUUAAAUGUUCAAGAGUGAAUGUACGGACUGUCUGGCGGAAUAAAAAUCAUGCUAGUCUUGGACAGAUGGCGAUUGGAAGAUUCGUAGGUAUUUAUCAAAAAGCAUUUAUUUCUUUUGUAUUAAAGGCUACGUUCAUGAGUUCCCAUGACUGUAACAUUGUGAAUAAACAUUCCAAUGUGAAGACGCUGUAAAUUUUAUUUACGUUGCUUUUUUUAUAGCCAUUUUUUGGUAAGUACUUCAUGUCAAGCCAUCAUAUAGUUGUCUAUAUAUUUUGCCUUCAUCCCUUACUUAAGAUGCUUGAGAUGCUUUACUUGCUUGAGAGAUCGCUUUGCUUGCUUGAGGUGCUUUGCUUACUUCAGGUGCUUUGCUUGCUUGAGGUGCUUUGCUUGCUUGAGGUGCUUUGCUUACUUGAGGUGCUUUGCCUGCUUGAGGUGCUUUGCUUACUUGAGGUGCUUUGCUUACUUGAGGUGCUUUGCUUACUUGAGGUGCUUUGCUUACUUGAGGUGCUUUGCUUACUUGAGGUGCUUUGCUUACUUGAGGUGCUUUGCUUACUUGAGGUGCUUUGCUUACUUGAGGUGCUUUGCUUGCUUGAGGUGCUUUGCUUGCUUGAGGUGCUUUGCUUACUUGAGGUGCUUUGCUUACUUGAGGUGCUUUGCUUACUUGAGGUGCUUUGCUUACUUGAGGUGCUUUGCUUACUUGAGGUGCUUUGCUUACUUGAGAUGCUUGGCUUACUUGAGGUGCUUUGCUUGCUUGAGGUGCUUUGCUUACUUGAGGUGCUUUGCUUGCUUGAGGUGCUUUGCUUACUUGAGGUGCUUUGCUUACUUGAGGUGCUUUGCUUGCUUGAGGUGCUUUGCUUGCUUGAGGUGCUUUGCUUACUUGCGGUGCUUUGCUUGCUUGAGAUGCUUUGGUUACUUGAGGUGCUUUGCUUGCUUGAGAUGCUUUGCCUGCUUGAGGUGCUUUGCCUGCUUGAGGUGCUUUGCUUACUUGAGGUGCUUUACUUACUUGAGGUGCUUUGCCUGCUUGAGGUGCUUUAGUUACUUGAGGUGCUUUGCUUACUUAAGGUGCUUUAGCUUACUUGAGAUGCUUUGCUUACUUAAGGUGCUUUAGCUUGCUUGAGGUGCUUUGCUUACUGGAGAUGCUUUGCUUACUUAAGGUGCUUUAGCUUACUUGAGGUGCUUUGCUUGCUUGAGGUUCUUUACUUGCUUGAGGUGCUUUAGCUUACUUGAGGUGCUUUGCCCGCUUGAGGUGCUUUGCUUACUUGAGGUGCUUUGUUUACUUGAGAUGCUUUGCUUACUUGAGAUGCUUUGCUUAUUUGAGGUGCUUUGCUUACUAAAGGUGCUUUAGCUUACUUGAGGUGCUUUGCCUGCUUGAGGUGCUUUGCUUACUUGAGGUGCUUUGUUUACUUGAGAUGCUUUGCUUACUUGAGGUGCUCUGCUUACUUGAGGUGCUUUACUUACUAAAGGUGCUUUAGCUUACUUGAGGUGCUUUGCUUGCUUUAGAUGCUUUGCUUACUUAAGGUGCUUUAGCUUACUUGAGGUGCUUUGCUUACUUGAGAUGCUUUGCUUGCUUGAGGUGCUUUGUUUGCUUAAGGUGCUUUGCCUACUUGAGGUGCUUUACUUGCUUUAGGUGCUUUAGCUUACUUGAGGUGCUUUGCCUGCUUGAGGUGCUUUGCUUACUUGCGGUGCUUUAGCUUGCUUGCGGUGCUUUGCUUGCUUGAGAUCCUUUGCUUGCUUGAGGUGCUUUGCUUACUUGAGGUGCUUUUCUUAAUUACUUGAGGUGCUUUGCUUGCUUGAGGUGCUUCCGCGCAACAAAAAAAAAUAUAGAACAAACGACAAAACAAAACCCGUUUUCCGACCAGACCAGACCAAAUCCAUACCCGUUUUCAGACCUGAUCUUUAGGCAGAAGUAAUGUCAUCAUCUCAAAGAAAAAAAAUUCUUUAAAGCCAUUUCGAAAUCGCAUAUUUCUCUUUAUUGCUUACUAAUUUGGAGUUGAAACGAUAAUUAAGUUCAUGCACUCCUGUAACUCCCUCGAAAAUCAUACUCGAUUCUAGACCAAAAUGGGCAAAAUCUAUACCCGUUUAAAGACCAAAAAGUGCGCAAAAAGAAACCAUACCCUUUGGGAUGACACAUACCAGAACUGAACUGUUUGGCUUAUACAAGGGAGUGUCGGUAUCCCCCGGGAUUUACAUGGAGUUAUUUAUUGUCAGUAUAAUCCUGCAAUUUGAUUUGGUAUCCUACUACUUGUCCCCUAGUAGCAAUGAAAAACGCUGCUUUGGAGGCGCAUUCCCUUUCCAACGAAUUUUUCCAAAUUAACUUUUAUCUGUGACGUUGACCGAUACUUAACUAUUAGACAAUGGCAAAAUCACAGAACAAAUAGACAAAUAAAUAUCUUUAUUACGUGAUGCUCAAAAUUCUAUUUUAUAAAAAUAAAUUUAAUUUAAUUUAAAUUUAGUACAAAAUAAUUACACUGAUCCCUUGUUGUAAUUGAAAAACAAAGCUAUGUGUUGUCAGGUCAAACUGUAAAGAAGACGCGUACGCGCGUGAAUGAAGUAAUGCAGUGGUAAGAUGAAUUCAAUAAGAAGUAAAUAGCUGAGUGUGAAUGAGAAAGCGGGAAUGUUCAGUUACAAGGAUGUAAAAAUAAAGGAUAAAAAAGACAAUGAACUGAAUAGUUGAAACAUUUGAUUUCCUGUCUUUGGUGUGGAAACAAAAACUAGAUUUUAGGGUUCAUUUCAAGUAAACGUACGGGCGUUGAUUUACGUUUUGAACUAUAAUACUUUUUUUUAUCUUGUGAAUACUGAGGGACAAACAUCCGAACUGUCAAAGUACAGACAGCUGCUCUCGGUAGUUUGCGAUUCUGCGAUGUUUUUGAUUGGAUACCAUAAAAUUCCGAAAGUUGUUUCCUUGCGGCUUGCUUCCGUUUGUAGCUGUUAGCCAGUUUUUGUCCUCUUCUACUCUACAAUGCUAGCGAGUUUGAAUGAACGCGAGUUGUUACCUUAAAAAAAACGAUGUGAUCCAACCAAAAGACUAUGGUUUAAUCUUGUCCAAAAAACAUACAUAGAAAUACCGGUGCAAGAUUUUACUUUUCACAGUAACUUGCUUUUCCUUUUAUUAUCAUGUGUUGUUUAAACAACUGCUUUAUAUUGUACCGGAAGCAUAUAAUAUGCCUCUGAUUGUACCUUUUCGAUUUGUUUUCUUUGGUUGCGUCGAAUGAGCUUCUGCAUACACUAAAACAAAAGUUCAAUAGUUUUCUUGCAAGAUGUACAAUCACAUUCUGUCCCCCAUUACCUGGACAGGAGGGUGGUGGUAGUUUGGAGGGGUGGGGAACCACUCCCUUAAAAUAGUUUAUCCUUUAAGGUUUGAAAGGUUCCCUAUCCAGGAUUUUUCGAAUACUCCGUUGUUGUAGAAGCCCGUUUCUUCGAACCAACAUCGUUUCCCCUAGAUUUGCUUCCGUCAGACACUGUCAUUUUUUAACCGACUUUUCUAACCCUCCAUUUUUGGAAACUCCUGAUAGUUGAAACUUUUAAGUUCUCCAUGCAUUUUUUCGCGAAUUAAGAAAUCAACAAAACCGGUUCUAGCUACAUGUAUACCCCCACAGUUCCGAAGAAGAUUAUUUAUGCAUUUUUAUCACCUUACAAAGCAAUUUAAAAAGUUGUCAUUGUGGUCAUAGGAAAUUAUCCACAAUCGAUCGUCAAAUCCCAGUUCUUGAUCUCGCCGAAACUGGCUCAAUCCUUACAUUUACCUUUUUACACGCAUAUGUUUUGUUCGUAAAAGAUGGUACACACAUAAAUAUGAGUGAAACUAACUGUUAUUUGCCUCCAGUACCUAAGCAGAAACAAUACCACGGUAAAAUUAUAAUCCCAUGAAAUUGACUUAAGUCAGGCUUAAAAAAAAAACAACAUGGCAGGAGAACCUUUCAGAGGUCAUCUCUGUGAUCAUCCAACAACUCAGGGAAGGAAUGUUCGUUCGAACUUCAAAAAACUCUUACCUGCUUGUUCCGCUUGUUCGCUUGUUGCAAGGAUUUCUUCAUCAAGUGCCUAAAAAAGAAGUUCAUAUUGUAAAAUUUAUGGGCUGUUGCAUCUCUUCUACGACCGCCUAAAAUUGUUACACAUAUUUUACCACUUGGAAAAGCUCAGUCGUUUUCCCGUUAUGGUAGAAACAUGGGAGAACCCUGAAUUUAUAUUAAGUUAAAGCAAAACUCCAAAAAUUACCUGUUUUUCUUCGUCGCUGUCACCUGAAGACGAAGAAUGUAAAUAAAAGAGUGAAAACUGAAACUCUGGAUACUAUUAUUCCACAUUCAGCUGUUGCUCUUUUAUUAACUUCACAGUCAACUUUAAACAAUUGACUGAGAUCGCUGGAUCUCUUGACAACAACUUUUAUUGUUCGAAAAACUGUUCCCCGAACAUUUUGAAGUAUUGGUAAAUCCAAUAAAAAUUAUUGGAACAUUAUUCCACUGUGCACUUCCUCUCACUUGAUUAUAAUUACAUGUAUUUGCAUGUGCAUUUAUCUGCUUUGAGUUCUGGUUAGCUCAGUUGAAGUGCAUUGUUAUUUGAAAAUUGAUUAUUUACUCUCUUAAACACUAGCCCUUAAUCUACUCAAAUAUUUAUUGGUAAUAACAGAAUGUAGCCUUUAAAGGUACAUUUAUAAUUCGGCUCAAUGCUUACCGGAAAUCACCUGCAAAGGCUGCACUGAAUUAUAUUUACUUGUACCUUGAAAAAAAAACCCAACAACAGAACUGAAACAUGCAUGUGUAGGUGAUAUUAAUAAAUGUCAAUAUUUUGUCGAAAUUAUUUAAUUCACGGUCAAGAAACAACAAUUGUACAAACUGUAAAUGUAUAAUGCACUAUGACAUUUCUAGAAUUUUAGUCUUGUGCCAUGCUGCUGGUGUAAUUGAAGCAUAAAUAAUUUUAAAUAUUUCUGAAAAGCACUUAAAAUUUUAUUGAUUUCAGCCAAAGCUGUUGAAAAAGAGCAGAACAAUUUGUCCACCUUAUAAUGAAUGAUUACUAAAGCAAGACAUAAAAAAUACGUACCUCCACAACUUCAGAACUUCCAGAGGGUACAUUGGUACACAUGAAAUGUAUUUAUCAUGGGUUAUGUAACCUUUUCUUUGGGGUGUUACAUGGUAUGCUGUUCUGUUGCUUCAUUAGCGGUAGGCUAUAUAUAUUUGAGUUGUUCUCAUUUAUAUUCAUUCGCGUCUUACGACCGUCCCUACGCCCUCAAAAUUAAAUACCCAGUGAUCAGGGGUUUCUCUUAGACGUAGUUUUUUGCAUGCUGCUAUAUGAAAGGUUUAGCACGUUUUGUAUGUUUACUGAAUCAUUGUUAUACGAGCAUAGUUUAGAUCAUUUUGUUGGGUUGUUUUUCUUGCUGUAAUUUUUUACAUUUCCGAGUUUUCUGUUUGUUGUAUUAUUUCCAUCCAUUCUGUUGAUGAAGGCAUAAUAAAGAGGGUCGCACACGGCUCGUGUUGACACACCCCAAUUGAGGUUGCUUGUUACAUGAUAAAUGUUUUAUAUUCGUUUGAGCGGGGCAGCGAAUUAGAAUAUAAAGAUACUUUAAACAGAUUAUUAAUCAAAAUAUGUUAAUUCAAAUUUGUUGAAAAAAAUUGCACAUGCAGUAUGCGGCAAAAUUUUUUAUUCACUGUUAAAAAGAAUAAAGUAGAAGCAAAGGGCAAAGAGAACAAUGAAAGAAAACGAAUAAAACAAAAAUUUUCAUUCAAGUAUUGAAAUUGAGUCACAUUAUAUAAUAUACUUUAUAACAAUUAACUCACUGAUAAAUGAAAUAUCAUAAAAACAAAAAUCUGCAAACACUUCAAGUUGGUAGAUAAAUUGAUACAUGAAUUUUAAACAAACAAAAACAGCUUGAGCGACGGUGGCGUGCUUCCCGUUCUAUGCGUGAUCGUGAAGCUUACACGCGUAAAUGUAAAGUUCUUAAGGACUUGCUAUCUUCAUCAAGAAGUAACUAUUAUUCAAAUCUAGUUGCUGAGAAUCAGUCUAACAUGAGAUCGCUUUUCGCAGUUUUUAGUAAACUACUUCAUCGACGUCAUGAGGCGAAGUACCCAAAGCAUGAUUCCUCGUCUUCUUUGGCCAAUGAUUUUGUUCUAUUCUUUGGUGACAAGAUCCGAAGAAUCCGUCGUGACCUUGAUCAAGUCCCACCUUUGGAUACUGCUGUAGAUAACGGCACUACAGGCUGUCAACUGAACAUGUUUUCGACUGUUCCACCGGAUGAACUCUUGAGUAUCAUCGGCUCAACUACCCCUAAGUCCUGUGAGUUAGAUCCUGUUCCUGGUCAUGUACUUAAAUGUCUGUUUCCUUCUAUUCUCCCAGUAAUACACCAGAUUGUCAACCUUUCCUUGGAAACUGGUCGGAUGCCUGGAAUACUUAAACAAGCUAUACUUAAGCCAUUGCUCAAAAAGCCCUCUCUGGAUUCGAUCGACUUCAAGAACUAUAGGCCUAUUUCUAAUCUUCGUUUCAUAUCCAAAACUAUUGAAAAAUGUGUUGCUAAACAGCUUAUUCAAUACUUAGAUGUUAAUGACCUUGGUGAAACAUAUCAAUCGGCCUAUAAGAGAAACCAUAGUACAGAGACGGCUCUUAUUAGAGUCCACAAUGACAUAGCCAUGGCAAUAGAUCAACAUAAUUCAGUUAUCCUAGUACUUCUCGAUCUUUCGGCUGCAUUUGAUACUGUUGAUCAUGCAUGGUAUCCUCCUUUCGCGACUGUCCAAUCGCUUUGGAAUUACUGGAACUGUAUUGGAAUGGAUUCGAUCAUAUCUUUCUGAUCGUACACAGUUUGUGCACGUUAAUGGUGCGUGCUCUGCUUCUCAUGUUCUUGAGUUUGGUGUACCGCAGGGAUCCGUUCUUGGCCCGUUGUUAUAUUCAAUGUACACAUCCCCUUUUGGCGAGAUUGCUCGACGUCAUCAAAUGUUCUAUCACUUUUAUGCUGAUGACACUCAGCUAUAUAUUACGUUCAGGACGUCGUCUGUUUCUGAUAUGAAUCUGAGUAAUGCCAAAUUGGUAAACUGUGUUCGGGACAUGGACGCAUGGAUGCUUUCCAACAAGCUGAAAUUAAAUAAAGACAAGUCCGAAGUUCUCGUAAUAUCCUCUUCCUAUCGACCUCAGCCACCACUAUCUUCUGUUGAUAUAUGUAAUGAGACUGUAUCCUGCUCCCCCAGUGCACGCAAUAUUGGAGUUAUCUUUCAUCAGUCCCUUUGUAUGGUACUUCAUGUCAAUGUAGUCUGUCAAUCGUCCUUUUUCCAUCUUCGUAACAUUGGUUUCAUACGCAAAUAUCUUACUUGUGAUGCUGCAAAGAUCAUUAUUCAUACCUUCGUAGUUUCUAAACUUGAUUAUUGUAAUUCUUUAUUGCACGGCCUACCAUCGUAUCUUAUUCGGAAGCUUCAACAUGUUCAAAAUUCUGCUGCUCGCCUUGUCAACCAGUGUCCAAGAUUUUGCCAUGACUCCAGUCAUGAGGGAUCUUCACUGGCUCCAUGUCUCCUUUCGCAUUGAAUUUAAAAUUGUUAAUUACUAACAAAGUACUACAUGAUCGAGCUCCAAUCUAUACAGGAACUCCUUCAACUGUAUACACCCAGCUGCAAUCUUAGAUCCUCUAAUAGAAAUGUAUUAGUUAAACCCUAUUUUAAUCUCAAUUCGUAUGGUAAACGAGCUUUUUCUGUUGCUGCUCCGGAACUUUGGAAUAACUUACCUGAGGAUAUUAAAUCUGCAAACUCAACUGAUGAUUUUAAACGCAAACUUAAAACAUUUCUUUUUAUGCGAGCUUAUGAAUCGUGACGUUUUUAUUUGUUAUCUGGUUUUUUAUCUAUUGUCUACAUUUAUCUACUUUGUAGUUAACGUCUAGUUUUAAUGUCAAUUUCUUGUGAUUAUUUUUACUUUUUAGUUCUAUCUAAUUUUUUGUAAACAGGGCCUUUGAAUCUUGUAGAAAAGGCGCUAUAUAAAUGGAUUAUUAUUAUUAUUAUUAUUAUUAUUAUUACUAUUAUCAUUUAAGGGCUCACAUUGGGUAGUAUUUCCUUGUGAGUUAGCAUUAACUUGAAGCUUAAUGUUGGUUUCUUCCACCUGCUGGGGAUCGGCUUCCCCUGGCAUCUGGUCAGAAACUGCAAUGUUUUCUGAGACUAAUAAUACAAGAUACGUUGGAUACACCUAUGACUUCUAGAUGCAAAUGAAAGCCUUUGGUUUCCUGUGACACAAGACUUUAGAGCUUAUACACUUGUGCUUGCGUCCCCAGUGAAAACCAGGCAUAUGUGCUAAUAAUGUACUAUCUGAAUCAUUUUUGCUGAGAAUAUUUUAUAAUGUUAACUACUUAAUCAUAGGCAAAAGAAGGUUAAAUACUUACUAGUGAUCACUGGCACGGCUUGAGCUGCAUUAACUUGCUGCUUAAAAAAACAAUAGAAAACUUAGGGGGUAUGUGCUGUACCAACUUUUCAAUAAUCAUAAAGGGGAAUUUAAAAAUUUUAAAAUUAAUUAAUAACCCAUUAAAAAAAUCAGGUUAGUUUGAUCAACAGGCGAAUUCAUGCGUGAACAUAUAUGAUAGCCGUAAACAUAAGAUGCACAAAAGUUUGAUCUCUAGGCUUAAUUAAGCCCAGUGGGGGAGAGGGUACAUCCAGAUUAAAAGUGACAGGAAUGAUUUAAUGGUUAAAAAAAUCCCUAGGGCUUCAAACAAAACCCCCAAAAAUCCGUGGACCAAAAUUUAACCCCCUUAAAAACUCAUGCUGGAUUUCCACGCUAUCAAAAUUUCCAGAAAGCAUUUAUUCACAUGACAUAAUUAUAACACAAAAAAUAGAAACAUUAGUUUUGAAUAACUAAAAAAUCCCUUUAUGCUUAAAAUAUAGCAAAAAAUGGGAUAGGGCAAGGAAAUAUAAAUACAUACUUUAACAUUUAUAGAACUUCCAUUACAGGGUGUAGGUGCGUUCCUCGUGCUCGAAAAUGCUUUAAAAAAAGACUAUUAUUUAGAAAGCUAUAAGUAAUGAUUUUUAGAGCAGUUUUCCCUUAAUAUACACAUGAAUAGUGACACUGUUAAUAAGAUUUCCUUCGUACAACCCAAAACUUGUCGUCCGUUACUGAAAAAGAGGAGAAAUGACUGGGUCACAUGACUUUUUAUCGCAGUUUUCUUACGCGAAAAAAGGUAUUUGUAAGGCUCCUGCUAUAAAGAACCUAUCAUGAAUGACCGACUGCGAUUGAAGUGUAGUCUCUGAAAUCAAAUUAGGUGAUCUUUCUAUUCCAUUUUAUCUAGUUCGUAAUUUAAAAGGUCGUGAAAACUGAAAGGACAUUAUUUCCAUUUCAAACAAAACUACAUUUCUUAGCGGGCGGUCAAAGAACAAAUUAAAGAGAUUAAAGAACUGACCGUGUCGUAGCAUACUUGAAAUGGAAGUAGACACGGUUAACGAUCAAAAGAUAAUUCAAAAGAUUUGUUUUUCAAAACUUGCAAAAUUGAGUUUUUUAUACAUUCGACGCUAUUUCAAUACGAUGUUGAAUUUAAAAUUACACAUUUGAAGCAAAAUCCGGCUUUUUGAAACAGAAACAUCGAAAGGCGGGGACUUUUGUGCUUGCCUAUGAAGUCAAGUGACUAUUGGCCACGGUAAAACAAGGGAUUUCAGUCUUUAAAAUGACUGCCAUUCCCCACAAAGCCUAUACGCGUUGAUACAAAUCUCGAAGAGAAAAAUAAAUUGUUUUGAAUUAGACCCCACUCUUGCAUUUGAAGCUUGCAUAAAAAAUGAAGAAAAGAAUUUGGACGUUUAAGUAAAGUUAAUAGGGGGAGAUUUUAGUUACUUAAGGCGCUUCCCAUUCGGUGUCAGAACUGGUCGGCGGCCGUACCAUUGCCGGACAAGUCAAUUGGCAAAUGAAAUCGGCUUUUUCAAAGGGUUUUUGCAGAAGAAAUACUGUCAGUUAAGUGUAUACUAUUUAAGAUUUGACUGAUCUGGCUGGAUAGUUCUGAUUUUAAGUGAUAUUCUCCAUACCACAAGAACGGUCUGGCCGGUCAGUUCUGACAGCGGUGAAAAGAGCCCUUGCCCUUAGUUAUGUUAGCAGUUAGUUAAUGUUAGCGAGGACUUUGUUGACUCAUAGACACAAAUUAACUUCUAAACAGGCCCGGUAGUUUCAGUGGUUCGUUUCAAUAAGCCUAUCCAUUUUUUGUGUAUAUAGCGGCUUUCUAGCGCUAUGAUCCCAUUUAAUUCGGAUUUCAUGUUAUGUUUUAGUUUAUUAUUCUCGCCAAAAGUACAUUCAGUACAUUGAUUACGAAUGCAAUCUUUUCAGUAAAAGAUGAAUGCCAAGGGAGCCUGUAAGGAGCCCAUAAUGAUUCUUUAAAGGUCUACCUUUAUGCAAAGUUAAUUAUUUAACUAUUUAAUAGUACAUUCAUAGGAUAAUAAAAAUACAGUCAUAGGAUGGACAGUUUUGCUAAGUGUACACAAAUAUUUUGAUCACAAGUUAUUAAACAUUUAAUUCAAAAUAAAUCAUAGUUAAUCAAAAACUCUUGUUUCACGCGCGUUUGGUACAUAUCCAAUUGCUAACUCGGAAUGACCACAGGGGAAUACGGACAUUAUUUAACCAUUUAAUAAGAACGAGCGUUUCAUCUCAAAUCUGACUGAUAUCUUUUCCUUCCACAUGAGUUCAACAUCUUGUGAGUGCCACUUUCAGACUGCAAAUUUUUCUCUUCCUUCAUCCGCCCAGAGCUUUAGCUCGCACACCCUUAUCAAAAAUAACUUUUUUAUAACAGUGUUUAAAGAAGAGGCUAUCAGGCCCGUAGGCAGGAUUUUUACGGGGAGAUGCGAUCCAAAGAGUCCCAGAGGGGUGGGGGUGUUCUAAGACUGCAUUUCAAGCGGAAAAACUGUUUUUUUUUUUCAAACUUUUACUCUUCAAAAGUACUUUUUUUCAAAUAAAGUACUUUACUUUACAAUCUUUUAGAGUGGCAAUGCGAAAUGUAACUAUUCAAAAGAAAAAAAAGUAGAAAGAAAAUUGUAAAUCCGCAUUAUGCCGGGCCCUAGGUAUGAUGCAUGAUCUUUCCAUCAUGAUCUUUCAAUAGUGUGCCAAGCUCAGGCUUCCUUGGGUGUUUCCUAUAAAAAGAUCAAAGACUUCUUUCAGUUCAAUGUAUAUUAGAUAGCGAAUAAUAAGAAUAAUAACUUUUGGUCACAGAAAAACAAAGCAAAGCAAAGCAUCCCAAGUAAGCAAAGCACCCCAAGUAAGCGGGAAAGCACCUUAAGUAAGCAAAGCACCUCAAGCAAGCAAAGCACCUUAAGCGGGCAAAGCAUCUCAAGUAAGCAAAGCAUCUCAAGCAGGCAAAGUACCUCAAGUAAGCAAAGCAUCUCAAGCAAGUAAAGCACCUCAAGUAAGCAAAGCACCUCAAGCAGGUAAAGCACCUCAAGCAAGUAAAGCACCUUAAGUAAGCCAAGCAUCUCAAGUAAGCAAAGCACCUCAAGCAGGCAAAGCACCUCAAGCAGGCAAAGCACCUCAAGUAAGCAAAGCACCUCAAGCAAGUAAAGAACCUAAAGCAAGCAAAGCACCUCAAGUAGGCAAAGCACCUUAAGUAAGCCAAGCAUCUCAAGUAAGCAAAGCACCUCAAGCAGGCAAAGCACCUCAAGUAAGCAAAGCACCUCAAGCAGGCAAAGCACCUGAAGUAAGCCAAGCAUCUCAAGUAAGCAAAGCACCUCAAGCAAGCAAAGCACCUUAAGUAAGCCAAGCAUCUCAAGUAAGCAAAGCACCUCAAGCAGGCAAAGCACCUCAAGUAAGCAAAGCACCUCAAGCAAGUAAAGAACCUAAAGCAGGCAAAGCACCUCAAGUAAGCAAAGCACCUCAAGCAAGUAAAGCACCUCAAGCAAGUAAAGCACCUCAAGUAAGCCAAGCACCUCAAGUAAGCAAAGCACCUCAAGCAGGCAAAGCACCUCAAGUAAGCAAAGCACCUCAAGCAAGUAAAGAACCUAAAGCAAGCAAAGCACCUCAAGCAAGCAAAGCACCUCAAGUAGGCAAAGCACCUUAAGUAAGCCAAGCAUCUCAAGUAAGCAAAGCACCUCAAGCAGGCAAAGCACCUCAAGUAAGCAAAGCACCUCAGGCAGGCAAAGCACCUGAAGUAAGCCAAGCAUCUCAAGUAAGCAAAGCACCUCAAGCAAGCAAAGCACCUUAAGUAAGCCAAGCAUCUCAAGUAAGCAAAGCACCUCAAGCAGGCAAAGCACCUCAAGCAGGCAAAGCACCUCAAGUAAGCAAAGCACCUCAAGCAAGCAAAGCACCUCAAGCAGGCAAAGCACCUCAAGUAGGCAAAGCACCUAAAGUAAGCCAAGCAUCUCAAGUAAGCAAAGCACCUCAAGCAGGCAAAGCACCUGAAGUAAGCAAAGCACCUCAAGCAGGCAAAGCACCUGAAGUAAGCCAAGCAUCUCAAGUGAGCAAAGCAUCUCAAGUAAGUAAAGCACCUCAAGUAAGCAAAGCACCUCAAGCAACCCAAGCACCUUAAGUAAGCCAAGCACCUCAAGCAGGCAAAGCACCUCAAGUAAGUAAAGCACCUCAAGUAAGCAAAGCACCUCAAGCAGGCAAAGCACCUCAAGUAAGCCAAGCAUCUCAAGUAAGCAAAGCACCUCAAGCAGGCAAAGCACCUCAAGUAAGCAAAGCACCUCAAGCAAGUAAAGAACCUAAAGCAGGCAAAGCACCUCAAGUAGGCAAAGCACCUUAAGUAAGCCAAGCAUCUCAAGUAAGCAAAGCACCUCAAGCAGGCAAAGCAUCUCAAGUAAGCAAAGCACCUCAAGCAAGCAAAGCACCUUAAGUAAGCCAAGCAUCUCAAGUAAGCAAAGCACCUCAAGCAAGCAAAGCACCUCAAGCAAGCAAAGCACCUCAAGUAAGCAAAGCACCUCAAGCAAGUAAAGCACCUCAAGCAGGCAAAGCACCUCAAGUAGGCAAAGCACCUCAAGUAAGCAAAGCAUCUCAAGUAAGCAAAGCACCUCAAGCAGGCAAAGCACCUCAAGUAAGCAAAGCACCUCAAGUAAGCAAAGCACCUCAAGCAAGCAAAGCACCUUAAGUAAGCAAAGCACCUCAAGCAGGCAAAGCACCUCAAGUAAGCAAAGCACCUCAAGUAAGCAAAGCACCUCAAGCAGGCAAAGCACCUCAAGUAAGCAAAGCACCUCAAGUAAGCAAAGCACCUCAAGCAGGCAAAGCACCUCAAGUAAGCAAAGCACCUCAAGCAAGCAAAGCACCUUAAGUAAGCCAAGCACCUCAAGUAAGCAAAGCACCUCAAGCAGGCAAAGCACCUCAAGUAAGCAAAGCACCUCAGGCAAGCAAAGCACCUUAAGUAAGCCAAGCAUCUCAAGUAAGUAAAGCACCUCAAGGAGGCAAAGCAUCUCAAGUAAGUAAAGCAUUUCAAGUAAACAAAACAUCUCAAGUUAGUAGAGAAUCAUAAGUAAGGUAUACACCUAAACUAAAUUAGAGAAGAAAAGUAUCUCUAGUAAGCAAAGCUACCAAAGAAGAUAAGUGAGAUUAAGUAUAUGGACAACUAUAUGAUGGCUUGACAUGAAGUACUUCCCCAUUUUUUGAAGUAUGCCUGGAAUGCAACAACAGAAUAGAAGCGGAGAAAUAUGUCUCCAGAGUUCUCCUCGAAAAGAAAGUGACGUGUUAUGUGAAACUCGGGUGAGUUUAUCAGUUCAUUGAAGUUCUUACUUUACUCAAAGGCUGACUAAACAAACUUACCUUGUGUAGUGGUCACUUGUGUUGCAACCAUGCCGUUCAUCCUGUCACUGAAUCCGCUGACCACAAAACCCUGGGCGUAUACAAAUUCGUAAGUGAUUGGGAACAAUAACUCGAGUUCUGCACUGCUAAUUGAUGCUACCCUGAGAAAAUAGCUGACAUUUUGUGAUUCCACCACUGGUUUCCUCGCGAACUGGUCUGAAGAAUGUUUGCAGAUAUUCCAUACUGAUAUGACGUGUAGCUUUCUAUCAGUAAAAACAAAAUUGACUGGUUUGUUGGCUAGGACUCGUCAUUUAAUUCCUUUGAUUUUGAUUUAAUUAUUUGAUUUCGGGCCUGAAAAGUUACCGGGACUUUCGAGAAACGGGCUAAUCAUAUUCCACCUACUUAUAAACGACAUUUUAACUUUUGUCCCAGGAAAUACGAAGAUGCGGCGAAAACAGCUUUUGCUCAGAAAAGCGAGGAGGGCCAGGAUUUAGUCCUUGGAAAAUGUGCAACUUCAAAUCGUCCGUUGGUGAACCGCAUUUAA